AUGUCGUUCGCUUACAAGUUCAGGUACAUCGUCGUCGGCGACACAGGGGUUGGGAAGUCAUGCCUCCUGCUGCAGUUCACCGACAAGCGGUUCCAGCCCGUGCACGACCUGACCAUCGGCGUCGAAUUUGGACAGCGCAUGGUCACCAUCGGCAAGAAGAAAAUAAAGCUUCAGAUCUGGGACACGGCAGGCCAGGAGGCUUUCAGGUCAAUCACUAAAUCCUACUACAGAAGUGCGGCCGCUGCUCUUCUCGUUUAUGACAUCACCAGGAGGGAGACCUUCAACCACGUCGCGAGCUGGCUGGAAGAAAUGAGGGAGCAGGCGGACGGCAACAACAACAUCACCAUCAUGCUGGUCGGAAACAAAUCAGAUUUAGCUCAGAGGCGAGCCGUCAGCACGGAAGAGGGCGAGCAGUUCGCCAAGGAGAACGGCCUCGCCUUCAUGGAGACCUCGGCCAGGACCCGGCACAACGUGGAGGAGGCAUUCCCUCAAAGCUCGUCCAUGGUGUGCCAGAAGAUCCAGGAAGGUGCCAUCGAUCUGUCCAAGGUGAGUGCCGUACUGCAUUAUGUUGUCUUGUAUUUUUUGCUAGCAGGUGCUUAUGGGGUUCAUUUGACCAUUGUUGUUUCUCUUGCAGAGUAGUGGUGUCACGCCCGGAGGUGAUGAUUUCAGUCGUCUCGAGCCUCUGCCUCCGUCUCGAGCCUCCGUCUGCUGCAGCA